CGACCAUCAAUUCGGGCUAACCUACACCAAGUUAGCUAAUACAAACCGAGGAUAAUGACGAAAAUUCUGCAAAUAGCCGUUGUGUGCCUUUUUAUCGUUGCUUCCAUUCAGGGGCGUCGAUUGAAAAGAGCCUCAUUUAGUUAUGCCAUUUAUGCAUGUCGUCUUGACUGUUAUGGAAAGGAAGAUACUGUAUCUACUAAUCCUUCUCAAUCUACACAACCUUCUAUAGUAACAGAAUCUUCUGCAAAUACAGAAUCUUCUGAAGAAACAACACCUUCUGAAGGAACAACACCUUCUGUAAAUACAGAACCUUCAGUACCUACAACACCUACUGAAUGUACCCCAUCAGCUGACUCGAACGCCACAGAUUGUGAGAAUGAAAAAAAUGUUAUAUUGAUAUGGGUGCAAAUAACACAAAAUAUGCAAUGUGACAUAGGCAAUACCCUAAGAUCUUUCUUCACUGUGGUCUUCACUUCUAAAAUCAAAGCAUUAGUAGCUAUUAGAAAUGUAUUGGUCAACGGAUAUACAGAACUAACAAAUUCAGCCGUAAUACAAUUGAAAGCAUCAUUGACGGUGAUUCUUGGAGCAAGAUUUAAUGUCACCUCUAGUUUGAAGUCUAUACUUACGUCUGGAGUAUCAAGUGGACUUGAUUUUGCGAAUAAACUUGCCGCGGGAUUAAACGAAAAUAAAGACGUUUCUAUUACUAUUUCUCAAUUUUUCGGUUUCUUUUCUCGAAGUUCUGGAAGUAGCUCUAUUCCAUGCAUUUGCAAUGCUAUAAAUUCUUUCAAACAAAUCACUCCUUCUGUUCUAUCAAGUGUACUGACUUCCGCACUGAAUAAGACUUUAGGUAUCUUUGGUGGUAGUGGUGGUGUCAUUGUUGGAGGUGGCGGUAGCAGUGGAGGUGACGGUAGCAUUGGAGGUGACGGUAGCAUUGGAGGUGGCGGUAGCAGUGGAGGUGACGGUAGCAUUGGAGGUGGCGGUACCAUUGAAGGUGGCAGUAGCAUUGAAAGUGGCGGUAGCAUUGGAGGUGGCGGUAGCAGUGGAGGUAGCGGUGGCAUUGGAGGUGGCGGUAGCUUUGGAGGUAGCGGUAGCAUUGGAGGUGGCGUUACCAGUGGUUUUGGCCAACAUAUUGUAUCAGAUAACAGACACCAUCACAACAAAAAGCACCAUCACACCGCUAAUAAAAAACACCAUCACAAGCAAGAACACAACAAAAAACACCACCAUCACGAAAAGAAACACAACGAGGCUAAGAAACAUCAUCAUCAGAAUAAACACCAUCAACACCAAACCCGUCACCAUCACAAAAAAGCACAUAGAGGACAACACGAAAAACAACAAGAAUAAAAAGAAAAAUUACAACGACCGAAACUUCGAUGACGAACUUGGCGAUGACCACGGAUUUAGCAAACUAAAACAUAUAUCUUAACCCGAAUUCUGUAUUCCUAAUCGUAAGGUUGCUUCUAAUUUAUAAUAAAUGCACGACGAACAUUCCAAAAAUGAA